AUGAACCCGCCCAAAAAGAAGCUCUCGAAGAAGGAGAAGGCCCGCCUGGAGGCCGAGCAGGCCGAGCUCAUGCGUAUUGAAAUGGAGAAGGAGAAACUCAAGAAGCUGGAGGAGGCGCGUCAGCGGAAGAAGCUGGAGAUGGAGCAGGCCAAGCAUCGCCAGCAACAGGAGGUGGCGGAGAACCGCCAGAGGAGGGCCCAGCUCAAGGACAGCAUGUUCUUCUUCGACGCGGUGCGCACGGCCAUCGAGGCCAUCAAGGAUGGCGAGCGCCACGAGCGGGAUUGGGAGAAGUUCAUGCGCUGCAAUGGCCUGCCAAAUGCGGCCAGUCCGAGUGACUUGAGGAAGUACAUCCACCAGUGGCACACGGACAUUGCCAAGCGGCAUCUGGAGUCCAGGAACUGGCUACUGCGCACCGAUGAGCGCACGCUGCUCACCCAGGAUGCCCAGGUGCCGGAUCUCACGAGGAUCUCGCUGCGCCAACAGCAGGGCCGAUUGGGCGACAUCUACGCACAGAGGAUUAAGGAGGUUUUGGGGAUCCUCAACGAGUUGGACGAAAUGCUGCCGUUCAAACAGAAAUCCGCGCUAAUUGCCGCCGAUCUGGUGAAGCUCAAGACCGAAAUGAGGGUGUUCCUCAAACAGCAUUUGGACGAGUUCACCUACAAGACCAUGUCGCACAUCGAGAGGGAUAUGGAAAUCGAUAGACCCGGUGUGUCAAAGCACAUUUACAGCUCGGAUGUAUUUCAGAGUUUCGUGUGGACCUUUUCGAAGGAUGCUCAAAUUGCUCUCAACCCAAAAGCGCGAAUUGGCGAACAGUCGGCGCACAACGAGAUCGAUUUUCCCACCAUCGAGAUGCAAAUCUCACUGCCGCCCACAGUCUACUUGCAGAGUUCAGCUUUGCGGGGACUCUGGCUGAACUACGAUCACUUCAGUGACUACUGCGGCAGUUACUGCUUGAAACAUGCGCGAUCUGCCAAUGCCAAUAUCCUGCGGCAAACGAAGCGCGAGUGGCGCAAGCGCAAGGAGAUCCUGCAGGCGAUGCUGGACGAGUGUGGCCGGGAGAUACCACUAUCGGAGCUGGAGCAGCUCACCCAGGACCAGCACUCGGCCAGCUCGCAGCCGCCAAGGGAGCGCACCUACGACGUGGACAAGCUGUAUGCGGAGUACGAGGAUGAGCUGAGCAAGGCCCAUCGCAGGGCCAUUGGACCGGAGGCCUACGGAAUGCUGGAGACGGACGUGAAUCUGCGCAAGUACCGCAUCAUUGGCGGUGUCUACUGCAUCGACUUUCUCGAGACUCCGCAGCAGGAUAAGCAGCUCAAUGCCCGAUCCUUUAUUCGCACCAUCACUUCGGCCAACAGUUUGGUGCACAAGGAGUACUACCAGACGUACAAGCCACCACCGCCGGUUUUGCCGGGCGUGCGACGAUUGCCCGAGGAGAUUGAAGCUGAGAUGCGAAUGAUUGAAGCCGCACUGGAUAAGCUGGCACUGGUCACCUUGCAAUUGCCGGACUCGGUGAUUUGGUUUGAGCCACCUGUGGCCUGUCGCUGGGAAACCAAUGUGGAGACCCUGGAAAUGGAGCUGGCCGAUGGCAUGAAGCCGGAGGCAAAGCAGCCACAUGCCGGGCCAGAUGGGGAGGCGGCUGCCACCACAGCCACGCCCACCGAGGCCACACCCCUCUCCACACACGCCCAGCCCAGUCCCCUGAAGAGCUCGCCCCGCUGCCCGGCCCGCAUGCGUUCCCAGAAAUCGGACAUGGGCGGCGGCGAGUCCCGGCAGCAGGUGCUCCGUGAAAUCAACGACUUUGAUCUGCGUGCCAUACCCAGCGACGUGGACCUGUACGGCCUGGUCAAGGACUUUGUGGUGCCACGUUUGCCACAGGGCUUCUGCGUUCGCCUGGAGCAAUCGACGCCGGUGCUGUCCACAGGGCUGAGGCAACGAAAAGUGAUGUUCCUGGCGCGACAGGCCCACAUCCGAUUGGGUCAGGGCAAGGAACAGAUGACGGAUGAUCAACUGGAAAUACCCAAGGAACUGCAGAAGCUGCAGCUCAACUGCCAGCCGGGUCUGGGUGCUGAGUUCCUGGACACCGAGGAGCCGGCAGAGAUGUUCCCGCCGCUGUGCUUCGAUAAGCUCCUCAAGUUCCGACAAAUGGCGCCACGUUCCCGGGCACCGGCCCACCUGCAGGGCUACCUGUUUUCCCAGCUAAUCGAGGACAUGGAUCGAUUGUGGCGUCUGCAGCUGCCCAGGGAUCAGCAGGAGGAGCUCAUCCAGCAGAUAUCCGAGCAGCUUUCGCCCACUGCCUCGCGUACGAGUGAUCCAGGUGAGAAGGAUCCCCGGGAGGUGGACAACGAUGGGGAGCUGGCAGAGAGCAUGCAACCACUUAGCCAGGAGCUGGUGGAUGUGCUGCAACCGGCCGCCGCAGCCGCCGCUUUCGCUUACUACACGGGCAUCUCCUUUGUGCGAGACUCACAGCUGCCGGCGGAAGCGGAUCCAGAGGCCUCGGCCAAACGCUCCAACAGCAUGGACAGCAGCGAGGACGACGACGACGAUGUGGACAGCCUGGUGGAGCUGCUCGAGGGAGCCUCCACGGCGGCCAACACGCUGCACGACCUGCUGGGUCCGGUGACGAACAGUCAGGACAACAGCGACAGCGAAAGCAAACAGAAGAUGAGCAAUGUGGCUGCCAUAACGCAGGGCAAGUGGAGCACCCGCGAUGUCCACGACACCAAGUUCAACGAGGACAAGCUCUCCAUACAGUUUCGCACGGGCAGAUUGGGUAUUUUCGGAUUUGCCUUGAAUAAGUACAGCAACAUGCCCUAUCAAACUUGGGACCUGCGACCAGAUAUGAAAAAUCCCGGCACCAUCAUCUUCAGUUUCACGGCCUCACUAAUCAGUCUGGACAUGACGAUAACCAAAUCGGGCUACACGGUGAAUAAUUUCCAGGGUGGCAGCACGCAGGGCAUCACCGAUAUGAUUGGCAAAACACUAUCGCUGGCGGAACUGAAGGCCACCCUGAUACUGUCCGCCGUGGACAUUUUCCCGGACGAGGACGCCUUCUGCUACACGGAGGGUUCCUGCGAGAAGAACUACGUGAUGGAGAUGCACUGCUAUGCCUGCCUGUCCACCAUGGCCCAGUCGCACAACUUCAGCUGGUCACGUUGGAAUCUGUUGGCCGGAUCCCGCACUGCUGUGCUGCUGGUUCGCGAGCUAAUCGAGGGUAAGAAGGUGCCAUACUACUCAACUCUAUUGGUCACCCCACUGAAGACGUCGAUAAUCGAUUGUACGGAGGUAUCGGCCAGUUUCAAUGCCGUGGGUAUACCGGGUAUGGAAUAUUACGCCGAUCUGUAUCAACUAUCCCAGGCUCAUGCUCAGCCUGGGAGUCUGGAGAAACAGAAGACCAUGAGUCCCGUGCUCAGGGACAAUGUGGCCAAGAUUUUGAUGGCCAUUCGACCGCUCAGCUUGUGUUGA